AUGACAUCCGAUGCCCAAUUUGACGCCGCCCUCGACCUCCUCCGGCGCCUGCCACCCACAGCAAUCCCUACGCACCUCAACUCUUUAACCGCUCUCACCCCGUCUCUAACGGAAGACCUCCUCUCCUCCGUCGAUCAACCACUCAACACAGCCCUCGACCCCUCCACCUCCCGCACCUACCUCCUCUGCGACUACAACCGCGACGGCGACUCCUACCGCUCACCAUGGUCCAACAAAUUCUACCCGCCCCUCCCCGCCGCCGAAGAAGCCGACGCCACAUACCCGUCUGAGCGCGUGCGCCGCAUGGAGGUCGAAUGCAACGCCGCCUUCGACGUCUACCGCAGCAUGUACUACGAAGGCACCGAGAGCGAGGGCGCCGGCGGCACCGCCGUCGGCUCCGUCUACCUGUGGGACCUAGACGAGGGGUUCGCGGGCGUGGUGCUGCUGAAGAAGGAGGGCGGCAAGGCCCGCGGUGGCAGUGCCGCUUGGGACUCGAUACACGUGUUUGAGGUGGACGAGCGCAGCACGCGUGGCACUACGGGGUCGAGCUCGCGGACCAGCCACUAUAAGCUCACGAGCACGGUGAUCCUGCAUCUACAGAGCUCGCUGGAUAAUGCGACCGUCAAGGAGGACGGUCUGCAACUCGCGGGCAGCAUGACGAGGCAGGUCGAGGCGGAUCUGAAUGUGGAGAGCGUGGGUAGUCUGGCUAAGGACGGCGGGCAUGUGGUCAACAUUGGACGCAUGGUGGAGGACAUGGAGGGCAAGAUGCGCAAUCUGCUGCAGGAAGUGUAUUUUGGCAAAGCCAAGGAUGUGGUCGGCGACUUGAGGAGUGUGGCGCCCUUGACGGGUGUGCGGAGGGACCGGGAGAUGCAGCAGAAUGUCAUGGCGAGCAUGGGACGGUGA